CAAUCUCAACCAAGACGGGCACAAUGGCGGCAACGGCGGCGGCGGCAGUACAAGCUCUCACGGAGCGCACGAGGGCGAUUUUCGGCAAUGACUUCGACGAGACCAGCGACCCUGCAUAUUCUUCGAUUGCGACCACUUACAAACGAAAAGUCGAGUAUGAAAGCGUCCGCGAAUUGCCCAAGGCCUUGGCCGAGAAGCAAGCAAAGUCUGCUGCAGCGCGGGGUCCAAAGCGGCCGAAGGUCCAGGCAGGGUCCAACCAGAUGGCGUUGGUAAAGAGCGAGGGAAAUGCAGGAGCACAAGGGCAAUCGGCCCAGGCGAAUGGGACGGGAAAUAGCCUGAUCCGAAGGCCAAACAUGCAGCAGCCUCGGCCGGACUGGCACGCGCCUUGGAAAUUGAUGCGAGUCAUAUCAGGACAUCUUGGUUGGGUGCGAGCACUAGCCGUCGAACCUGGAAAUCAAUGGUUUGCAUCAGGCGCAGGCGACCGAACCAUUAAAAUUUGGGAUCUUGCCACAGGACAACUCCGGCUGACAUUGACCGGCCACAUUUCCACAGUUCGCGGACUGGCCGUGUCACCGCGACAUCCUUACCUCUUCUCGUGUGGCGAGGAUAAGAUGGUCAAGUGUUGGGACUUGGAAACGAACAAGGUCAUUCGACAUUACCACGGCCACUUGUCUGGAGUCUACACACUUUCAUUACACCCUACUCUUGAUGUCUUGGUGACCGGUGGACGAGAUGGUGUCGCGCGUGUCUGGGACAUGCGGACGCGGUCGAACAUUCACGUCCUCAGUGGGCACAAAGGCACCGUGUCAGAUGUCAAGUGCCAGGAAGCAGAUCCUCAGGUUAUAACGUCAAGCCUCGACAGUACGGUCCGUCUCUGGGAUCUAGCGGCAGGAAAGACGAUGGGUGUCUUGACGCACCACAAGAAGGGUGUAAGGGCAUUGGCUCUACAUCCCAAAGAAUUUACGUUUGCGUCAGGAUCUGCAGGCUCUAUCAAGCAGUGGAAGUGUCCUGAGGGUGCUUUUAUGCAGAACUUUGAAGGCCACAACGCCAUCAUCAACACGUUGGCCGUUAAUGAGGACAAUGUCCUGUUCAGUGGUGGCGACAAUGGGAGUGUCUCAUUUUGGGACUGGAAGACCGGUCACAGAUUCCAGAGCACGGAGUCUUUGGCGCAGCCUGGUUCUCUGGACGCCGAGGCCGGCAUCAUGAGCAGCACUUUUGAUCAGACUGGGUUGCGUCUGAUCAUGGGCGAGGCGGAUAAGACGAUCAAGAUCUGGAGACCCGACCCAGAAGCCACGCCCGAGACUCAUCCACUAGACUGGAAGCCAACGCUUGGAAGGGUCAAGUACUGAGUUUCUGCUACUGGCACAGGUCUCAAUCUCAAAUGUAUGUCGGAUAUAAGAAGAGUCUGCCAAAUUAGCGACGGCGUUGGGCGGUUUUAAGAGACAAAAUUAUAUUUUCAAAUUCGAAUUGAACAUAAAACAUGAGUACUAUGUGCAUUGUCCCGACUCUUGUUUCUUUGGCCGUAUUCGUAC